GAUGAAGUGACCAAUGAUGUCAGUACUCAAGUGGUUACCAAAGAGGAGACAAGUGAGUUAGAUACGAUUGAACAAACACGUGUUGCUGUACAAGCUUUACAGGAUAUUGCAAAUGACAUUCAGUAUGUAUCAUCGCAGGGCAUGCCAAUGAACACAACUGUCCAGAAUGUGACAUUAAAUUCCGGUAGAAUGAUUCAGGUCGUUGUUCAGGGACCGGAUAUAAACGGACAACAAGUUAUCGUCGAUCCAAACCAAACAGUGAUUGAGGAAGUGCAACAAAUUGAGAUUGACAAUAGUGUAGAGUCUAUAAUACCAAUCAGUGGAGCAAAUGAAGAAGUUGUUGAAACUGUAGAAGAAAUUGUACAAAAUACGUGAUGUCCAGUUUCAAGAUUUGCCAUGUAAUGGAUUGAUAAGACUCUAUCGUAAACAUUGUUUUAUCCAAUGAGGACAGUGAAGUCUGGUUUUAUUUAGUAGCACAUGAAUGAAUUGUUUUUAUGUUUCAUAUAAAGUCAUUAAAGGUUUGAUAAUCGAUGAAAUGAUCAUUCAAAGCAACUUUAGCCAAUAUUUCAUUCUAUCAAAUUUCAACAUAAUGAUACUUACUGCAAGUCUGCAAGUGACUUUUUUUCUUUGGGAAAAUUACAUAAGAUAUAUGUAAAUGGGGAAAUGUGAAAAGGUAUAGGGGGUAAUAAAUUUUUAACAGAUAUCUGUCAAUUUACUUACAUGCCUCAAAUUUGGCAUAUUUCUAACUGCCAAACAUUUCUAAAGAGACUAAGAGAUGAAUUUAUUUAUAUUUGGUGUAUGAAUAAACACAAUGAAAAGCAUUGUUUAAAUAAAUGUUAACUGUUGCACAUCUAGGCCAGAACCAUAUGAUCAUUUAUUAAGUUUUUUUCUGAUUUCUAUUACUUACUGACUGGUAAACUUUGCUGAACCAACAACUGGUUAAACUGAUAAUGUGAGGUUGAACUAUUUCACUAGAGGAAGUUAAAUAUGGUAUGAUACCAGCAGGAAAAUAUACCUGGGUACACCACAAUAUACCUGGGUACACCACAUUAUUUCAUAAAAUACCACAGUUACAGUUUCUGCUACAAUAUCCUCACUUUCACUACAUGCUGUUUAAUUUUCAGGGAAAUGAAUUGUGUAUACGUGAGAGACAGAAUGUUAAAUAUACCCUUGUCAUAGGUCAGGAGAUUUUUUGAAAUUAAUGUAGCAACAUAACUGACUGGUUGGUUGGGAAAAGUCAUAGAAAUUAUGCAUGAUGAAGUUGUUUUUAUGAUGUGUAACAAAACUCACACUUAACAAAAUAUUGGUAGAAAUCAGUCAAAAUAUACAGUUAUUUCUGGAUGGUACCAAGGUAUCAUACCACAGGGAGCUGAUACUAAAGUUACUGAUACACAAGACUUUAGUAAUACUGUCUAUUUCUUCAAUUAAGCUAACUACCUUAUUAUUAAUUCAAAAAUAUUGUAACUCAAAUUAUACCUGAGAAUGGUAAUUUUCGUGUCUUGCUGAGAUAGGACGACAUAUUCCUGAAUAUUAGUUUUCAGGUUUUCUAGAUCUAGAAAUAUUUUUGUGGAUUCCUGUGUUCAACGGCAUCGAUUGGCCAUCUUGAAGUGAGUCUGCAUGUAUGAUUGUUCCUGAAUAAGGUAUAAACAGUUUGUGUAUUUUUCUGGAUUGAUGCCAAUUUUAUAACCGGUUUUUGGCCAAAUUUUGGAAAUCCAUCUACCAAACCAGCUUUCCAGAAUAACUAACCAGUAACUACCAAUUUCUCCUAAAGUGACCAGCAACGAAUCCCACAUGAUUUCUGAAUCUGAGCAUUGAGAGACAAAUGACCAUAUGACUAUGUGUCUUUGCUGCUGUGAAAUUAUGCCUUGACUUGGGAUUAAACUUGCAACCCCGGAUUACUAAUUCAAUGCGCUCCCUGUUAAACUAUUUAGGUGGACACUUGUAUAUACUAUUCAUUAUGAGUUGUGAUGACAACAUAAAAAAAAUUUGUUAUUCAUUACACUUAUUUCUGAUAGAUGUCCAUUUAACUUAACGCAGACUGGAAAGAAAUGAUAUAACUGUAAAUGGUAUUGAAAUGAUUAAGAUAAUUCAUAUUCUGUCAUUUAGUAAUGAACCUUUCCAGUGUUUACAGUUUAAUGUAAAUUGGCUGACUGGUUAUUAAGUUGUUACACUGGGAUACUACAUGAUCAUUGGUUGACCUUGUUUAAACAAAACAACACAUGGUAUUGUGUGUGAACAAUUGACCUAAAACAUUGAAAAGAAAAGGCGGGGCACAUUUUUCCAUUGUUAAAAUCUGUAGAGGUCUGUUAUUGAACAUGUUAAAAGUAAAUAAUUUAACACUAUAAACAUUUCUAAGUAUAUGUCUGUUGACAAACCACAGUAAUACAGAUUUCCAAAUAGGGGCCUUCAUAGUUGAAAGAUUAAGGUUUUUGACUAAUUCCUUGUUUCUCAAUAGUAUGGAUUUGAAUCUAACUUUGGUAAUUGAAUUCUUUUGUGGGGAAACUAUCUAGAUGCCUUGCCAUUACAUAGUAGUUUUACUUUGGGAGCAAAUCGUUGCGAGAAAUAUUGCACAAACAGUUGUCUUUGAGUCUUCUUUCACUAAUUAAUAGGAAAACUUAAUACCUAAACUCAUACCCUGCUAACUUUAUGUUAAAUGGACUUUUGUUUGAAUAUAAAAAAUUCUUAUUUGCUAAUGUAAAAGAAGGUACACAUGUACUUUAAAAUGUUACAAUAAGGCAGUCAGCAAUGUAGUGUGUAAAAUAGUGAAAGUACAAACCCCUAAAGAAAGUCCAAAAAGGCAGAAUUGAAAAUGCGGCAGGCUUGGUUUAAUUGUGCAUGUUCAUGGACGGUACUGUCCAGUGCAAACUACUGUCCACGCCCCCUCGCACCGACAGUCUUACAGUAUGAAUAUAAAUGAGCCGCCUCAUGACAAAACCAACAUAAUGGGUUUGCGACCAGCAUGGAUCCAGACCAGCGUGCGCAUCGGCGCAGUUUGAUCAGGAUCCUUGCUGUUCGCCAUCAGUUUCUCUACUUGUUAUAGAGUUGGUAAGCGAACAGCAUGGAUCCAGAACUGACUGUGUGGAUGCGCAGGCUGGUCUGGAUUCAUGCUGGUUGCAAACCCAUUAUGUUGGUUUUGUCAUGACGCAGCUCAAAUGUGUGUGAAGACUGGCAAUGCUCUGUACUAGUGGCAUAAAACUUCCACGUCACUACACCCUUUACCAUUCCAAAUGUUAAACCAAUAUAUAUGAAGAGAAAGAUGAAUGGAACUUUUCUUUUAUUGUGCUUUAGUUGUGACAAAGUUGCUAUUGUUAUAAACUUACAUUUUGUAUUUCUCUGUAAAUUAUUUUUUGAAUAGUUUAUUACAUUUUUAUAGUCACGAGGUAUGAUUAAUUGUGAAAUGUAUAACAAUUAUGCUGAAAGUUAAUUUUCAAAGGAUGGGUCAUCAUUUGUUAAAAAACAAUAUGGUGUUAAUGAGUAGUUUCCUCUAACACUUAACAAGUUCUGAUUCAUACCAUUGUUUUACAGGCUUCACAAAAAGUUACAAUACACUUGACAGCUUUUGUUAGCAAUAAUUUGAAUUCUCUGUACAAACUUUUAAUUUCAUCUUCUCAUUACUGGAUGAACUUUUUUUUUUCUGUGUUCAUAUUUGAAAAUUAAAAUGUUUAAUAAUUUA